AUGAAAAUUUCGACUGUUCUCUUCGGAGUUACAGUAGGUGACUAUUUUUGGACAGUUGAGGAUCCAGCUGGAACCAUCACAUCAGUUGGCUAUCCAGGGGGAUAUUCAAAGAGCGAGCAAUGGAAAUUCCGCGCCCCAGGGGCGGCAAAAUACACUUUCAUCUUUGAAGACAUCGAUCUUCAUCCCGAUUGCAACAGCUACGUGAAUGUCUAUGACGGCGGCUACACUCCUCGUUGGACGCUUUGCGACUCUGACACUGGAAAAGUCAUCACAGUCAAUCACUAUCGGCCGGAAAUUUAUCUGCAGAAGGGAUAUGGAUACAUUCCGCCAGAGAAAAGAGGGCUCAAAUUUAGCUUUUACAUCAAUGAUGAGUACGUUUCGACGACAACGACGACUACGGAAGGAACAACGAUCACCUACACGACAGGCGACUCAACUACUAUCGACUCAACCACAACUCCCAUUUCACCAUCCUCAACUGAAUCCACAACAAGCACGACAACCGAGAGCACCACUUCCCCGCCUCCAACAGACACCACAUCCACAGAAUCAUCCACAACCACUAUGACCACCGCUUCUGCCGUUCCAGAUCAUACCAAUAUCGCUGGAUACCCAACACCUCCGCCUUACCCAGCUCCUGGAUCAGGCAACUUUCCCCCCGGAGAUUUGACCGCGGACGAAAGCUGCGGAAACUCAGUUUUUGAGCCGGUCAUUCAAGGAUUCGACUAUGUUGCUCAAGAUCGUUAUGUCCGAAACGGAGAAGAAGGAAGAUCCUCAUUUUUCUCAAACGACCGCGUCGUCAACGGAGAAGAAGCCGUCCCCCACUCCUUCCCCUGGCAGGCUGGAAUCGGAACGCAAUACAAUUUCUACUGUGGCGGCACUGUUGUUGCGCCAAAUUGGGUGGCAACUGCUGCUCAUUGCGGAGAACUGGUAUUUAUUGGCUCUUACUCGAGUGAUAUCGCUGUUGCUGGAGCACAUGAUUAUCGAAACGAUAAGACGAACCAGCAAAGUCAGGAGAUCAAGGAAGUGUUCAUGAAUCCAAACUGGGAGAAGAGAGGCAAACAACAAGAUGUGUGCAUGCUCAAAUUGAAAGGCUCCUUCACAUUCAACGACUACGUCCAGCCCGCUUGUCUUGCCCACAAGGACUGGUCUCUCCCAGAUGGAUUCCUGUGCGUCGUUUCUGGCUGGGGCAUGACCUCGGAAUCAUCCUCCGGCGCUGGCUCCCCGGUUCUUCGACAAGCAGCGUUGAACUACAUGAACGAUGAUGACUGCCACAAGCUGUACAAGGAAGGCAACGGACUUGAGACCUCUGGUGACAUGCAAUGCUUCGGAACACGGCCACUGAAUCCACCAAAACAAGGCGCCUGCAAUGGCGACUCCGGCGGGCCGCUUCACUGCUUCAUCCACGGAAAAUGGUACUACUCCGGCAUCGUAUCCUUCGGAGCUUCCAAGUGUGAUACUAACAUCGCUUCCGUCUACGGAAAAGUCUACAACUACAAGAUUCAUGACUACAUUCUCGAUACAAUGGCGCAAAAUCCCUGA